GUAAAAACGGUUAGGGAUUCAUAACAGCUUUACAGUUUACUCAGAACCCGUUAAAACAUUCCGGGAGGCUCCUGCCCUGCCUCCGACCACAGCUCCGGCGGCACAAUUUUCAACCUUUUCAGUCCCUGAAGAAGAAUAUUCUGGCCAGAAUAACAGUCGACGGCAAAUAAUCCUACUUGACCUCUUGGGAUAUGGCUUUCCAAUGUUUCGAAUGGAUUGCACAUCUGAUUGGCCUGUCUCCGUUUUUCGAUAGAAGAGUUGAAGUUAAGCAACUCCCUGAUGAUGUAAUUGUAGACAUACUAAGUAGACUCCCUGCUGAACGCGUUGUAGAGUGCCGAAGGGUUUGUAAAAGGUGGAGAUCAUUGGCAUCCUCGCAGUAUUUCAUUGAUUUGCAUCUCAGUAGAGCUACCGCCCCAUCCAUAUUUGUGCAUAGCUUCUAUAACAUUAGGAGAGGAAAAGAAGAGUUUGGUUUUUUCUUUUAUGAUCCUACAAUCAAAAAGAAAAAAGUGAAUAAAUUGCGGCUCUGUCCAGGACUUUUAGUGAGUAACAUGUUUACUCGUUUCUUUGAUUCUUGUUGUGGACUGAUGUUGAUUACGCACUGUCCCGGAGAAAUAUAUUGGUAUGUUUUCAAUCCUCUCACACAAGAGAAAGUUUCGAUAACUUGUCCUUUGUGGGGUUUCGUAUGUGGCUUCUUUUACCAUCCAGUGGCAAAGAAAUUCCAAAUUCUUUUCAGAGGAUCUGUUGGUGGGUGCAUAAACUAUUAUGUGUACACUUUUGGAAGCCCUGUUUGGAGAUGUAUAAAACCGCCUUCUUUUCACUAUCGGCCUACUCUUAAUUCACCCGCAGUCUAUAAUGGAGCUCUGUAUUGGAUUGCUGACUGGAAUUACCGUAACUACAAUGAGAGACCUCCAUGUACUUGUGGAGUCUUGGUUUUUGAUGUGAUUAAAGAAGAAUUUCACGUGAUGCCUCAUCCUGGCGGCCGCUGCGGAGACAGAAGUGAACAUGAAUACAUGUCUCUUUUAGUGGGAGCUGAGCAUUUAUACUUUUCCAAUGUGCUGUAUUGGGAAAAAUUGAUCGAUAUAUGGAUAUUAGAGGACCAUUCAAAAUGGGAAUGGGUUAGAAAGUGGAAGCUUCUUCUGAACAUAGUUCCUGCAACUUUCUUGGAGCCAGAUCAUACACUAAAAGGCUAUCCCCUCUAUAACGUAAAGGUUGUUCACAUUCAGGACGGACAAAUAUGGUUGGAUUGUGCCAAAGAAGGCCUAUACCUCUAUCGACUUGACCAUCAUACUCUUGUUAAACACAAAGGAACACCUCCAGAGUUGUAUAGGUCGACUGAACAUCGUUGCAAAGUUCUCACUAAAAGCCUCAUGAGCAUUCGUCAGCUCUUCAUGGAUGAGAUCAAUGGUUAAACUGUUUUCUUUGCAUUGGUUGCGGAUGUGAGCUUGUACCUGAUCUUGUUUUAGGGAGCAGUUUAGCAUUUUGGACCAAUGUUAUUGUUGUUGUACCAUUAAGUUAUUAUUAUUGUUGUACCAUCGGUUUUUCUGUUUCUAGAACUGGAAAAGUUCAGUGAUGUAAUCGUUAAUCUUGCUUGUGAUGAGUGAGGUACAGGUCCACUUUUUGGUGACUAUCAGGC